AUGUCCCCAGAAAUGAGUGACGUCGAAGCGGUCCGAGAGCCUGGCCAAUUGAAAUGGAAGAACAAAGACACGUUCCUCAGCGAACGCGACCGUCUGGAGGCCGCAAGAUCCAGGCAAAGUCAGACUGUGCCGUUGCCUUUAUCUCCUGGAGUCAAUUGGAACGCGGUGAAGGUGCUGAAAGGGGAGACCUGGGCAAUUCCCUGGGAGAGCAUGUGGCCAGAGUUUUACCUCUGUUCCACGUCGGUCGUCACGGGUCGCUCACGGCGACGAGCUGAGCUCGAGGUGGAGAACUGCAAGAGACACUAUCCAAGGGACUCGACCAUAGACAGCGCUGCUGUCCGCUCUUCGAUUAGGGACACGCCCCUCCCCCUCCCUGCCGACCCAUCACAGAAGCCAGGAUGA